UGCGGUGCCGGUCUACUCCAAUGGUUUCCUACGGUGUCUCUGGAACUUAUCCUUUGCAAGUCGCCGACUUGCGCAGGCUAUGGUCGGGGAUUAAAUGUUUUGGCUUAGAUGAGGUGAAUCAGGCCCUGAUCGACGAUCGAAAAGGAGUGGCACAUCCGUUAUAAAGGCAUGGCCCCCUACAGUAUCCUGCUCCGUUAUCCAUGUCGUUAUCACAUCAAACGACACUCCCAGUCGAAAUACUUGGCCAAAUCAUUGCAGAGGCAUGGGCAUUACCCCUUAACCCCCUUCAGCGACUCCAAAUGGCGACAUCGCCCCUCCUCGUCAGCAAAUCGUUCGCUUGGGAGUUCACUCGAGUAUUCUGCACCGACAUCCACAUCCUCACCCCCUCUCACCUUAACCACAUCCUCCGCUUCAUCUUGCCACGGCUAACCCUAGCCUUUCGGUCUACUGAUUCACCAUUCUCACCGUCAGAAUUUUGCCGGUCCAUCUCCUUUCUUCUCGAAGUUGAUCCCUACCGUGGCAACUCGUUACCUCACCCCGCGUGGAAUAAUAUCUGCUACAUCAUGCCACUGUUAUCAGAACACUUUCCCAACGCUCAACGGGUGUUGGUGAACUACCACAAUUGGUGGUGUAGUGACCCCGACUUCACGUAUCUCUGGCUACCCGAACAAGUAGCAGAGCUGAAUGUCGUAUUCACCUAUAGCCUUCCGUUCUGCAGAGCGCGGCUUAACGAAGAUACUGCCCUGGUUGAAGAUCCGUCCUUCGCUUUGCCCGGGGUUAAGAAGCUGACGGUUGUGGGCGGAAACCGGUCAUUCGUGAGCCAGCUGGUCAGUGCGUGUCAUCAUGCGAAAUCCGUCACGACCGAUACGUAUAAGAAGCCUAUUGUGCCGAUUGUUCAGGAGACGGUAGCGUCGAGGCCCAAAAAACAGUUGAAGUCCUAUAUAUAAGCCACAAUACCUCGUGUACGUUAUGUGCUACUUGAUAUAAUCAUCGAUCUCACCGGAUAAUCACAAAAUAGAACAAAUUUCCAGCUCUAAAUUGUAGAGGUAUGUUAAUCAAUCAUAAAGCACAGUAAGAAUAACUGACGCGGAGUUC